AUUAAAAUGGCGACGAAAACAAAAACUGGGCUUGCCGCAAUCAUUUUAACAAUUACCUCUUUUCUAUUUGUUUUAAUAUCGUUUUGUACCCCUUAUUGGCUAGUAGGGGAUGUAAACCGUGUAAAUCAAAAUUUCGAGAGAUUAGGAUUGUGGCAAGUUUGUUUUAAGAAGUUCCAAGACUUUCGUCAUCAGUACGAUUUUCAGUUCACGGGAUGUUGGUGGAUAUUCGAGGAGGAGUACUACAUCAUUCAAGACUUCUUGUUGCCCGGCUUCUUUAUCGCCACUCAAUUCUUUUUAACAUUGUGCAUGACUCUACUGUUGAUAGCUGCAUUUUUAACGUGGCUGUACUGCUUCUGUAGUAGACAUCAUGAUAAAUACAUGCUGUUGUUGCUUAGCGUCGGUACCGAUUUGGUAAUAGCGGGAGCCUGCGGUUUGGUCGGGGUGUGUAUCUUUGGAGCGUUUGGGGAUAGUAGAGAUUGGAUGCCAAAUUGGAAAACAAAUGGUUUGGGAUGGUCCUUCGCAUUCGCAUGCAUUGGAUCUUUAGGUUUGUUGCCGGCAGGAGCUUUAUUUUUGGUUGAGGCUAGACGGUGUCGAUAUCGUAACUUACGAGAAUCUCAGGUGGCUUCUCAAUAUAGUAUGGAAAUGCGUAAACCGUCGCAUACAGAUAUUUAAAUACAUUUUUAUUGUGUAUAUACUAAUAUUAGACCAUGAUCUGUUUUUGAUAGUAUUUUAUAUUACGUUUUGAUAUUUAUCUAUUAAUCGCGUGAUAUAUCCGUCCAAUUUUUAUAAAUGCUUUUAUAGGUUUUACGAAAAUAUAUACGUUUUAUAUAUUUCUUAAAUAAACAGUAUUUGUUGAAUUUUCAAAAAUA